GAUACCCGUGGUCUAGUUUCACCUGAGUCAACGAACUUGAUUCCAAUUCCGUUGAUCAGGUGCAAGCAAUAAUUAAGAAAGCACGCCCAUGUAAUGUUCAUAAACGUUAAAAUAAUUUCCAUAUACGAAAGAGCUCAUUAUUAUUCGUCGAACGCCAAGCCUCGCCUCAUUUCUCGACCAACCGGUUGUAAAAGACUGGCUGCCACUGCGAACAGACACUCGAAACAUUUACCAACUUUCCAUGGGUCCAUCUGCGUGCCAUACGCGUACCUGAUGGGUCUCUUUUUGCCGGUUCGGCCGGCCCACAGGUGUUACCUUUCCUGGCCCUCAGUCUAGGGCUUCCGCAGUUACUUUUACAACAAUCGAUAGUGAGGGAUACGGCGAUAACGUUCCUUUUCGGGCUUUCAGAUCGAGGAUACCGUCGAAACCUGAGGAUAAGCGAGUGUAUUCUUGUCUUCGGGUCGCUCGGAUAGUGAGAGCAGUGUGUGUUGUAACGACUGUUAGCUGAAGAACACAUGAAUGUACAAGGGGACUCUAAACAGCUUCUGCAGAGUGGUUGUAGACUGUAAGGAAUACGGCUACUACUGUGCUGGCAACAGAACAUGUCAAUGUCUUCCAAGCUACGUUCCAAACGAUAAAGGACAACUGUGCCUGGGACUUUUAGGUGAAAAAUGCAAAUACGACGAGCACUGCAUAGAAGGGGCGUUCUGCUAUUUACAAGACACUUGCAAAUGCAAAGACGAAUAUCGACCGUCGUUCGACAAUAUGUACUGCCUCAGUGGUGCAACAUCUGUGACCAAAAACUACGUUCUAAUAUCAAAUUUCCUAGUAUUAUCGUUAUUGUUUUGCUUGAAAAUUGUGUAGUUGUAGGAUAUAUACAUAGGUAUAGAUAUAAAGAAAAUAUUUAUUAUUGUAAAUAUAAUUUAUUGUCAUGUUAUGUACAAAACUUGUUGCCAUUUUGUGAUUUAUACCGUUUGAUGGAUUAAUAAAUCUUAUAAGUGUACUUAAAAUUGUAGAUUACAAUAGCGUUUUUUUUUCGUACGAAUACCUGUUAUUUUACAGUUAUUGUAUUCUGGUGAAAUUCUGAAGUGCAGUCAAACCUAAGUACGAGUGACCGAGGUAUUUUGUCAAAGUAAAACGUAACUCUUAAAAUGCAUAUGACCAUCCACGUUUCACUUUUCUGUAGAAGAACGUGUCUUUUGACCAAUAAUACUGAAGUUAUUAUUUUUGGCUAAAGUAAUUGCGAUUAGCAAGAGCGGCAUAAUUUAAGUAUAUAGGGGAUGAUUCUGAUUAGAUGAGAAACGUCGAUAACUCCUGCGUUUGAUCAAAAAGAAUGCAAAGCCUGUAGUACAAAUUUCGCAGAAUUCCGAUCAAAAUCAU